GAACAACAGCUAAUUUUUUUCUUAAAAUAAUUCCUAUUACAAACAUUUACGAAUAUGAUAAUCGCUCGCACAUGUAAUUUGUGACACUGAUCUUGACGAUGACUCUACCUCAAUUCCUCACUUUUUAAAAAUCAUCAUAAAAUGUUAUUCACGAUUUAAAUUCCUAUCAUUAAGAAGAAAAAUCACGGAGAAAUUCUAUGUUCAUUUUAAUAAAAAACUAAACAUAAAGCUUACAGUGGGGCCGCUUUCUCCCCUCGUACCAAUUUUCCCGGUCCGCCUUCUUCCACAUAUUCCAUCACUACCCGCAGGCAACAGCCAAAUACUACUGAUAGUCUUUCACCUCAAACUGGCACAGGACCUGCAGUCAAACCGCUUAGUAAUAGCUGGCAAGCAGCGCUCAUAGCAGCCAACACCAUGUCCAAAAGACGGGCUCGUACCAAAGCGCCUCCUAAUAAUAGACCAGUCCGAGCUCUGUUUUGCUUGACGCUCAAAAACCCGAUCCGUAGACUAUGUAUAUCCGUCGUAGAGUGGAACGUGAUAAUCCAUAGAAAGAAACGAGCAUGGCAUUUACGACCCUUCGAAUACCUCAUUCUUCUAUUCAUAUUCGCGAAUUGUUUAGCGUUGGCCAUUUAUAAACCAUAUCCGCGAGGCGACUCCAAUCCAUUAAACGAAAAUUUAGAAUAUAUCGAAUACGUGUUUCUUGGGUUUUUUCUCGUGGAAGCUUUCAUGAAAAUAAUCGCUUACGGCUUCCUCUUCCAUCCUGGUGCUUAUUUAAGAAAUGGAUGGAAUAUACUCGAUUUUAUCAUUGUCGCUAUUGGGAUUAUAAGUUCGAUUCUCACCAAGGUUAAACUAGAGGGCUUUGAUGUUAAGGCUCUUAGAGCGUUUCGCGUUUUAAGACCACUUCGAUUGGUGUCCGGUGUACCUAGUUUGCAGGUCGUGUUAAAUUCCAUACUUAGAGCAAUGAUGCCUUUGUUGCACAUUGCUUUGUUAGUCAUAUUCGUGAUCAUCAUAUAUGCCAUCAUAGGACUGGAACUUUUUAUAGGGACCCUCCACAAGACUUGUUACAUUAAUGAUACAUCUGGAAAUAUGGCCAACAGGGAUAUUAUGGAACCUUGUGGAAAAGGUUAUAGCUGUGAACCUGAAAAAAAUGAAAUAUGCAGAGAAUGGUGGAUAGGUCCCAACUAUGGAAUAACCAAUUUCGAUAAUUUCGGACUCGCCAUGUUAACAGUCUUCCAAUGUAUAACGAUGGAGGGCUGGACCAACAUUUUAUAUUUCGUAAACGACGCGGUUGGCAUCGAAUGGCCAUGGAUUUAUUUUAUAUCGCUAAUUAUAAUCGGAUCUUUUUUCGUGCUCAAUUUGGUUCUCGGGGUUUUGAGCGGAGAAUUUUCAAAAGAGAGAGAAAAGGCUCAAGCACGAGGUGAAUUUCAGAAGUUGAGAGAAAAACAAGCCUUCGAGGAAGAUCUUAGAGGGUAUUUGGAUUGGAUAACCCAAGCCGAAGAUAUGGAGGUUAGCGAAUUGCCGGAUGGCCAAUUGCCAAGCGAAACAGGUGAAAAGAUUUCAAAUAACAUGAACAAUAACCCAGUUAAUUCUACGCCUCAUACCAUUGUACCAGGACUUAAAAAAUCUCCGGGUAAGGAAAUCAAAAAAUCCCUAUCCACGCAAACGACUCUAGAAGAAGCCGAACUAAAUUUGAACGACAUGAAAGAACUAGGAAGCCAGGAGGAUUUGGUGCAACUUAAUUUUUGGCAAGAAAAAUUUUCCCAAUGCAAGAAAGUCAAUCACAGAUUUAGACGUUUUUGCAGGAAAGUCGUGAAAUCACAGGGUAUGUAUUGGACUGUGAUAAUUAUGGUAUUUUUAAACACCUGCAUUUUAGCUUCCGAGCAUUACAAUCAACCCCUGUGGCUCGAUGGCUUCCAAAAUACUGCCAACUUAUGUUUCCUGUGUCUUUUUACCCUGGAAAUGCUUCUUAAAAUGUACAGCUUAGGUUUAAAUGGGUAUUUCAUGUCCCUGUUCAAUCGAUUCGAUUUUUUCGUUGUUUGUAGUUCGAUACUUGAAGCCGUUCUUACCAGCACUCACGUUAUUCCACCCCUUGGGCUCAGUGUGUUAAGAUGCGUUAGGUUGCUGAGAGUUUUUAAGGCUACCAGAUACUGGUCUUCCUUGAGGAAUCUAGUGGCAAGCUUGAUGAACUCUAUCAAAUCUAUUUUCAGCCUUUUACUCCUACUUUUCUUGUUUAUUCUCAUAUUCGCCCUUUUAGGAAUGCAAAUGUUCGGGGGGAAAUUUGACUAUGAUCAACACAAGGAAAAGCCUAGGAGUAAUUUCGAUACAUUCUGGCAAUCAUUGUUGACCGUUUUCCAAAUUCUGACCGGUGAGGACUGGAACGAGGUCAUGUACAACGGUAUCAGAUCGUACGGAGGCGUUGGUUCAAUAGGUGUUAUCGUGUGUUUUUAUUUCAUCAUUCUUUUUAUUUUCGGGAAUUACGUCUUGCUCAACGUCUUUUUGGCUAUUGCCGUUGAUAAUUUAGCCGAUGCCGAAAGCUUGACCGAGAUAGAGAAAGAAGAAGAUCAUAUUGUUAAACGUAAAAAAUCGCGAGAAAAAAGCACGACGUUCGAGGAAGGCUUAAAAGAAGACGCUAAUCAUGUACACGAUGUACAACUAAAUAAAAAAGAUUCCCUAUCAGUAAAUGACCGAAAAUCUUCCGACGUCCUAUCUAGGAGAUCUGUUAUAAGAUCUAAAGACUCGUUAGAUAACAUUAAUAGUUCUUCCGAUCAGGGUAUUGUGGGCGACGCUGAAAAAGAUCCUAAAAGCCCGGCUAAUACCCUUACCCUCAUGAAUAGUAGUAAAUCUACACUUUCUUCAAGCAGUCGAACGAACAGUGAAGAUGAGGAUUCAGAUACUGGAGUUUCCACUACAGCCCGCCCGCGACGUCUCUCCGUAGUUAAUAUCAAGGAAAAAGUUAAGCCUAUUCCUAUGGCUAGCUCUCUCUUUUGCUUUAGCUACAAGAACAAAUUCCGCCUGUUUUGCCACAUGAUAGCCAACCAUACCUACUUUAACAAUAUUAUAUUGGUUUGUAUCCUGGUUAGUAGUAUCAUGUUAGCCGCCGAAGAUCCCUUAAAUUUCUCCUCAGCUCGCAAUAGGAUUUUGAACUAUUUUGAUUACUUCUUCACCUGCAUGUUUUCCAUCGAAAUCAUGUUGAAGGUGAUAGCAUACGGUUUGAUAUUUCACAAGGGUUCCUUCUGUCGUAAUUAUUUCAAUUUGUUGGACUUGAUAGUUGUUUCCAUAUCUCUGCUAUCUUUCGUUUUAAAGCAGCAAGCGAUAUCCGCCAUCAAGAUUUUAAGAGUUUUGAGAGUACUACGUCCACUUCGAGCUAUUAGCAGAGCAAAAGGAUUAAAACACGUAGUCCAAUGCGUUAUAGUGGCGGUAAAGACCAUAGGCAACAUUAUGCUCGUUACAUUUCUACUUCAAUUCAUGUUCGCUUGUAUCGGUGUUCAGUUGUUUAAGGGUCGAUUUUUUGUUUGUAGUGACAGGGGCAAGAUAACCCUAGAAGCGUGCAAGGGAGAGUUCAUAGUUUAUCCGGAUGGUAACAUAAACAAUCCUAAGAUGGAACCGAGAGAAUGGAAACUGAACGACUUCAAUUUUGACGAUGUGAGUAAAGCUAUGCUAACUCUCUUCACAGUCGCUACGUUUGAAGGAUGGCCCAAGUUACUCUACUUGGGUAUCGAUUCUAACAAAGAAAAUCUCGGACCCUUUUACAAUUACAGGCCCUUCGUCAGCGUUUUCUUUAUAAUUUACAUUAUAGUGAUAGCGUUUUUCAUGGUUAAUAUAUUUGUCGGUUUUGUCAUUGUCACAUUCCAGAACGAGGGAGAACAAGAGUACAAAAAUUGCGAACUCGAUAAAAAUCAGCGCCGUUGCGUAGAAUUUGCCUUAAAAGCGAAGCCUAUCAGGAGAUACAUACCCAAAAAUAGAUAUCAGUAUAAAAUUUGGUGGUUUGUGACGUCGCAAGGUUUUGAAUAUGGAAUUUUCGCCAUCAUUAUGAUAAAUACAAUAUCUUUGGCCAUGAAGUUUUAUGGACAAGACGAACAAUAUUCUAAGGCAUUAGACUAUCUCAACAUGUUUUUCACUGCCAUUUUCGCCAUCGAAUUUUUGCUCAAAUUAUUAGCCUUUAAAUUUAAAAAUUAUUUUGGAGAUGCCUGGAAUGUUUUCGAUUUCAUUAUUGUACUUGGUAGUUUUAUCGAUAUCAUAUACACCGAAGUUUUAUACUUGGCAGAGGUUAGAAAUAUUGAACCUGGUGCCAGUAUCAUUAGCAUAAAUUUUUUUCGGCUCUUCCGCGUCAUGAGACUGGUUAAGUUGCUAAGCAGAGGUGAGGGAAUUCGGACUCUGCUUUGGACAUUCAUGAAAUCGUUUCAAGCAUUACCUUACGUGGCGUUACUUAUAGUCAUGCUAUUUUUCAUAUAUGCUGUUAUAGGAAUGCAGAUUUUUGGAAGAAUAGCUAUGAACCCCGAAACAGAAAUACAUCGCAAUAAUAAUUUCGCAUCAUUCCCUUUAGCUUUAUUGGUUCUUUUUCGUUCAGCAACCGGCGAAGCCUGGCAAGAGAUCAUGUUGGCUUGCGCGAACACCCCUCAAGCCGUUUGUAACCCACAUUCCGAAGCGAAGGGACUUCUUUGUGGGUCCGAUUUUGCCUUCCCUUACUUUAUCUCAUUCUACAUUCUUUGCUCAUUCUUGAUUAUAAAUCUUUUCGUGGCCGUCAUAAUGGACAAUUUCGAUUACUUAACGCGGGAUUGGUCUAUAUUAGGCCCUCAUCAUUUGGACGAAUUCGUACGAUUAUGGUCAGAAUAUGACCCAGAAGCGAAAGGUCGUAUAAAGCAUUUAGACGUUAUAAAUCUACUCAGAAAAAUUCCACCACCUUUAGGAUUCGGCAUAUUGUGUCCGCACAGAUUAGCCUGCAAAAAAAUGGUAUACAUGAACAUGUGUCUUAACACUGAUGGCACUGUGUCAUUUAGUUCAACACUUUUCUCACUCAUUCGCGCGAAUCUUCGUAUAUAUAUGGACGCGAGUGGGAACCUUGAUCAAGCUAACGAAGAGCUAAGAGCUGUAAUUAAAAAGAUAUGGAAAAGAACUAGUCAAAAAUUAUUGGAUCAAAUUGUGCCACCCGCUGGACAUGAUGAUGUAACAGUGGGAAAAUUUUAUGCCACUUUUUUGAUUCAAGAUUACUUUCGUCGUUUUAAGAGGCGUAAAGAACUCGAGAAAAAUCCUCACUUAGGUGAUAAGGAUAAAGGUGGUAGCGGUAAUAUAUUACAGGCUGGCUUAAGAGCUAUUCAAGAUACAGGCCCUGAAGUUAGGAGAACCAUGUCUGGAAAUCUGGAAACUGGAGGAGACGAAGAUUCAAAGAGAAAUCAAUCCAUAUUUGGUAAUCUAGUGUCAGCCGUUCAAAGCAAAAUAACCGGAAAUUUGGGUGUAGGAGGGACGGAUGAAUCAAGUAAGGCCUUGAGCAAGAACCAAUCCACUUUACCUAUCCCUUUACCUGAUGUUAGAAUGGAAGGUGAAACAACACCUAAAGAACCCGAAUCUUCUAAACGACGUAUAAGUGGCGCAUUUGUCAAAAGAAUAGGCGGAAGUUUUCGUAAACGCAGUUUGAGAAAGAAAAAAGAUGCCCCCUACAGUACGGGUAAAAUGUCGGGUGGUGGGAUAAUUGUUCCAUCUUUGGAUGAAAGAGAAGAAGAUAUAGAUCAAACUAAAACAGAUUUGAAUAUGGAUAGGGCAGCCGACGAAUCUCAAAUAUUAUUCGAAACGGAUAGAACUGAUCGGGGCGAUUAUCGUCGAGAUUAUAAUAGAACCAGAGAUCUAGACGAAAGAUCCUACGAACAAAUUGAUUUACAAUUACAACCUUCCUCGAUAAGAUCUCCCCUCUUGCAAAGGCAACCUAGAAUCGAAAGCCACAAACCAGAGGAUUACGAGGCGGAUGAAGUAAGUCGACAUUUACCAUGGGCCGAAGUAGUUCAGCAAAGUCCGCAAGCCUUGCCUACUCAUCCAUCUUCCAUAUCCCGUAAACUUCCAUCCAUCGCGUCCCCAUCUUAUUUCGAUCAUUACGCACAACCCUAUCAAUUGCCACCGCCUCCUCACUUACCUCGCCUGUAUUCGCCUCCCGACAAAAAAAGUCUGCUUAUAUUUCCUACCCAUGGUCCUGUACCCGAUUCCGGCCAUGAUAUAAAAACUCCUCUUAUCGUAGAAUCUUCCACCAGUCUCGACGAGGACCUUGGUACACCCUUAUAUCACCGAACUUCUCCGCCCAUGAGACACGACACGCAGCAAUUUCGUUUUUCGUCUCCAUUCUCGUCCAAAAAGGAUGAUAUAAUAUUCCCAUCUUCGACUCGCAAAAAGAGACUUUUACCAUACGUCCCAACGUCUUUAGUAGUCAGUGCUAAUAACUUUCUGUCUGGGGUCGACAUCAAUAGUAAUCAACGUAAAAGAUUACUGCCUAUCCAACCUGGUUCUACCUCUUUCGAAGAGGACGAACAUUUUUACAGGGACAGCCAACCCGAUAAAGAUAAUAUAUCCUAACUUUAAAGAAAUAAAAUUUAUAUAAAUACCUUGAUCAGUAUUUAAAUUAUUAUCGGAUUCAUUGAUGUUCAAUACUUUAUUUUAAUAAAUUAUUUAUUAAAUUGUAAACCACAAGAAAUAUAGACGACGAAAAUAAGCAAUGAAAUUAAAAUAUUAUAUUUGCAUUCUAAAAACAUUUAUUCAUAUCGCAUUUUUUGUUUAAAAGGAGUUAUGUGUUUUUAGUUUUUACCAUUCUUUGCCUUGAAUAAAUUCUAAAGCACGUCUUAUAACAUUAAUUUAAUCUCGACCUAUUUUUUUUUGUAUUGUGAUCAAAAGAGUUUUGCUUUAAUGUUACACAACCUAACAUUAUAAAACCAUUCCCAUUACUUAUCUCCGCUUUUAUUGUAAAAUAUCUUGGAGAAUAGUUAUCAAAAUUAAUAACUGUAAAGUUAUUGUAAGGAUCAACAAUCAUCAUAUUUUUUUGUACAAGAAUAAAAUUUAUAUCCUUAAAAAAAAUAAAGCAAUACAUAAUCUCAUCUAUUAAAUAUUUACAUCCAUCAGUGCAAUAAUUUUGUUUGAGUGUCCAAACAUAAUCAUUUUUCUUUUUCCCCCAAUUGCCAAAUUAUUACAAUUUUUUACAAAAUCGUGGUAUGAAUAUUUUUCCCCUCCAAAUUAUGUAAUAUAGUAUUAUCCUUUUUAAAAUUAUUUAUAAUAGUUCAAUUAAGAUGCCUUUUAUAUGAGGCAACCAAUAAGCAAUUAUUAUAUUAAAAUAGUGCCAAAUCCUA